AUGUGGACAAAAGACAAACGCCCUUUCCGAAGGAGCGUGAGGUGUUAUGCUUUCUUUGCAGUUCCCCUCCGCAAAACGCCCACAUGCAAACACACACGCGUAUCCCUCUCUCCUGUCCUGGGUCAGAGUGAGGCCUGUUCAGAAAUGCUUUGGGAAGUUAGUGCUGAGUUUCCAGGAACGCGGUUGCUUAAGUUUUUUUGGUUUUCUGAGGUAACAAGCCCCCGGCACAGGCUGCGUGAGGGCAGCGGCUUCUCCUGCCAGCAAUGUGUUUCUCACAAGGAGGCAAAGGACUGGAUAACAGCCUUUGGUCAGCCAACAGAUGUUAAUAACCUUAUUUAA